AUGUCUGCAGUACUGCCUCUACCCGUGCUGCGGUAUAUCGAAGGUCACAGUGACCCUCGGCGGAUCAUCGCCUACAACACCAAGACAUGGAGCGUGUGUCUGUACGUCACCGCUAUCUACCUCCUACUAGUGUUCCAGGGUCGACGGUGGAUGAAGCACAGAAAACCAUUCAAACUAAGGAGGCCUCUCUUUCUAUGGAACGUUGGCCUAGCGGUGUUUAGCAUCUUCGGUACGGCCGCCGUACUUCCCUCCGUUCUUCACUCUUUCUACUACUAUGGCGUCGACUACACCGUCUGUUUCAGCGACGGGCCCACCAUCCCUCGCUUCGCAAUCUGGUGCUACAUUUUCGGGCUCUCUAAGAUUCUGGAAUUGGGCGACACUGCCUUUAUCGUACUACGAAAAGGUCCGCUUCCAUUCCUCCACUGGUACCACCACGUCACCGUCCUAAUCUAUACCAUCUACGGUAUCAAUGAUCCCAAUGCACUAGGCGCCAUCUUCAGUGGUAUGAACUACUUUGUCCACUCGCUCAUGUACUCCUACUAUGCCCUGAGAGCCAAUGGAAUUGGAGUUCCUCGCUGGGCGGCCCAGGCCAUCACUCUUCUUCAGUUGUCUCAGAUGUUUGUCGGAGUUUUUGUCACUCUCCGAGCUUUCUACAACGACAGAAGUGGGCACAUGCCAGGCUGCACUGUCAAGGACGACGUAUUUUUCAUGGCUACCGUCAUGUACUUUUCGUACGCCGUUUUGUUCAUUCAUUUUUUCUACAAGAAGUACUGCGGCUCCAGAAACACCAAAUCACACUGACUUUUGUGGAGGACUAAUUUUUGUAUUGCUGACCGACGGGUGUAAUUAUAGCGGCUGUUUGUAAACACAGAUUUGUGCGCGAGAAAGAU